AUGGUAUCAUUUGAUCUUCAUGAUUUAAGUGCUAUUGUAGGCAAGCGUCUAGUUUACACGUAUGAAAAUGGUUUUAUUUGUGAAAUUUAUAUAAGAAACGAAAGUGAGAUGGAUUAUCGAGUUCAUAAAGGUCUUGUUGGUGGUUUAUGGGAAAUCGGUCAAAACAUAUACAUGGUUCGUGUUGGAGCAGACGUUUACAAGUUGUCCUGGUUGGAACCAAAGGGUACCGAUGUAAGUAUUAUUGUUAAUUUAGAACAGAAGUUUGUUCACGGUACCAUUUGGUACCCACGAUGGGUUGUAAAUAAUCCAGAAAAAGUUAUUUGUCUGCAAAGAGACUUUAUCCCACAGAUGGAAGCUCUACGUGAUGCUGGACCAGCUUAUCCUACUAAACUGAUUGAUGAAUUUGCAACUUUAACGUUUAUGAGCGAUUGCGGGAAAAAUAAUGAUGAAGUGAUUAAUUGUCCUCCUGGAGAAUUACCAUCUAAUUUCCCAAAUAAUCUCAGCGAAAAGAAUUUACUUUAA